AACACUUUAUAUAUCCCUCUACAAUGACCACCAGCCCCAUUGCUGUCACCGGCGGCCUGGUACAAGGCCACACCGAGUCAGACCCGACCAUCACCGUCUUCCGCGGCAUUCCCUACGCCGCACCCCCCCUGGGGCCCUACCGGUUCCGUCCCCCCCAGCCGGUGACCCCCUGGGAAGGCGUCCGAGAAUGCACACAGAACAGCGCUGUCAACUACCAACUGCCGCCGCCGCCGAAGUUCUACGACACGCUGGUUGGUGUGCCGCAGUCGGAGGAUAUCUUGUACCUGAACGUGUGGGUGCCCGACAGCGCCAAACAUGACGGACCGUAUCCUGUGUUCUUCUGGAUGCAUGGGGGAGGGUUCCGGGAGGGGGGGAAUGCAGACAAGAACUUCAAUGGCACCGGGCUGGCACAGAAGGGCGUCAUUGUCGUCGUCCCCAACUUCCGACUCGGCAUGCUCGGGUUCCUGGCGCACCCUGAGCUCAGCAAGGCCGAACCGUCUGGCGCAUCGGGCAACCAGGGCAUAUUAGACUGUAUCCAAGCAUUGCAGUGGAUACAGGAGAAUAUCGCUGCGUUUGGCGGGGAUCCCGGCCGAGUGACCAUUGGCGGUCAAUCGUCCGGAUCAGCAAUGACCACCAUCCUGCUCUUUUCCCCCAUUACCAAAGGCCUCUUCCACCGCGCAUGCAUCCAGUCCGGGGUUCGAUCCCCCCAGGACCAGAUGAUGCCCACGAUGGCUCCCUCCUAUCGCCAGCUGCAGCACGCCGAGGAAGACGGGGUCGCGCUGCUGCGUGAACUGGGAUUCUCCAGCUUGGAAGAAGCCCGCAAGCACCCGGACCCGCUGCUGUUUGCGCGCGCAGCCCUGAAACGCGACGCCCGCUACUGGGGGCCUCCGCCCUUCUUCCGGGCGGUGCUGGACGGACAUGUGUUUGUGAAGCCGUACCAUGAGACUCUCCGCGACGGGCCCCCGAACGACAUUCCCAUCCUGACCGGCCAGAACGCCAAUGAAAGCGGCGUCUACGCCGAGCCACGCUUCACCCUCGACGAUUUCCACCAGUGCGUCCAUGAGCGGGUCGGGGCAGCGUUUGAAGACCGAUACCGCGCGGUAUACCCGCUCGCCAACACGGAAAUGGGCCAGGGACCGCUGGAGACAUGGAAUCUGUCGGCACAGGAGCAGACACGGGUGAGUACGAGCGAGUGGGCGCGGCUGUGGAAGACCAAGGCCUCAAGCCCUGUGUUUGGAUACUAUUUCACACACGCUCCGCCGGCGUAUCAUGGAUUCAAGCCUGAUUUCUCGGCGCCGAAAGUGGCCGGCUUCACGCAGAACAAGGGCCCGUUGACGGGGGCCUUCCACGGCGCAGAGUUCGCGUAUACCUUCAACAGCGUUGUCACGAGUGAUAUGCGGCCGUGGACAGACCGGGAUCGAUACGUCGGCGAGGUGGUGUCUACCCUCUGGAGCAACUUUAUCAAACACGGGGAUCCGAAUCAGGGGAGACCGGAAAGAGUCGCUCGUUGGCCGGCGCUGACGGAGGAUCCAACAACAAUGUUAGAGCUGGGGGGGGAGUUUGACACCAUCUCCAUUGCCAGACCAGAGGCGAUUGACUUUUGGACCUCUUUUAUCCAGACAGGAGAGGCGUGGUGAGACUGAUUAGAAUGAAUACCAUACUAACAAUGGAUCUAUUUAUGAUAGUUGAUUGAUCAUGCAGGCAGGCUAGAAUGACAUUUCUCUACUUACAUGAGACUGGCCUAUAGAUUAUCUAAUAUAUUAAAAUUUCCA